AUCUAUCUAUAUCGAACUUAAAACCGUCGGGAGUUUUGGUCCAUAAAUAUGCAGCCCAGGACUCGGUUAUGGUAUAAAUCAAGGUACCACUCCCAAUAUUAUCAGUAGCUGCGUGCGAUCAACCCAUUUCUUUUACAUCAUUCUCGUUCCUAUAGUAUAUUAGGUAGCAGGAAGAUCAGAUUAGAAAAAUGGCUUCCAACAGAAAUGAUACUGGUACGGAAAUAGAAAUGGUGGCGAUCAAGAAGGAUUUACUCGGAAAGUCCAUGAAGGGCGAUUGGGAUGGAGUUAUUGAUAUCUAUCAGAAGCACCCAAGUGCUCACAAGGCAAAGCUCACAUCGAAUGGGGACACAGCAUUACACAUAGCUGUCUCCGAUAACAAACAAGAGAAAGUGGGGCGACUUAUGGACAUAAUUUCCUGUCAUCAUGGAGAAGGCAAAGAUCAGGCAGAUGAAUUUAAGAACAAGCGCGGUAAUACCCCUCUUCAUCUCGCUGCAUCAAUGGGGAGUGCGACCAUGUGUGAGAGCAUAGCCAGAUCAUCAUUUCCGCUUGGCUUAUCAUUUAUGACUGCUCGUAAUUGUAAGGGAGAGACUCCCCUUUUCUUGGCGGCACUCUCUGGUAAAAAAGAUGCUUUGGUUUCCCUUCACACACUUUGUCAAGAUAAGAAUCUUAAUGGCUAUGACUUUUGCCGGAGGAUAGAUGACCAUGACGACACUACUAUUCUUCAUGUUGCCAUUUCUAUAGAAUGUUUCGAUAUGGCACUUGAUAUAAUUCAGUUGUACCCGAAACUAGUACACUCCAUCAAUAAGCAAGGACUCGCCCCUCUACAUGUACUAGCGGGCAAGCCUUCGGCCUUUAAAUCACGUGCAACCAAAGCUAGCUAUUAUAAAAGAUCAAAAAAGAAAGGAGGGGAGACGGAGGAUUUAGAGAAUCCUCAAAUACGGAGUUCUCCACGCCAAGAUCAACACCGAGGAUGUCUACCAGAUAAACAGAAGCGCGAAUUGGCCUCUGAAGUCAUGAACGACCUUUUAGAACGUAUUUCAUCAUAUGAAUUAAAUCAAGAUGGUGAAACGGACCCCAACAUGAUCAUUGGGCCUAAGAUGGUGGGGGAUCAAAAGCAAAAAAGCCCAACCGAUGGGAGUACCAGUGGAUUGGUUUCAAUCGCAAGGGAGACACCCAUACUAAUUGCAGCAAAAAAUGGUAUUACCAAAAUGGUUGAGAAGAUCCUUGAAAAUUUUCCCGAGGCUGUAUAUGACUUGGAUCCAAGCAUGAAGAAUAUUGUGCUAUUGUCAGUGGAGCAUAAGCAAUGUCACGUUUAUGAGCUCUUACUCAACAAGAAGAAGAAGAAAGUUAUUCCUGACAGUGUUUUUUGGGAGGUUGAUAAAGAAGGCAAUACUGCACUGCAUCUCGCUGCAAAGGUAGCAAAUUCUAAUACAUGGCCAGUUCCAGGAGCCGCAUUCCAAAUGAAUUGGGAAAUCAAAUGGUUUGAGCAUGUACAAAGGUCCAUGCCAGAAUGGUACCCUUCUCUCUGCAACAAGAAAGGUAAAACACCAAGGGAGGUCUUCACCGAAUCACACAAGGAUCUUGUCAAACAAGGACAAAAGUGGCUGACCAGCAUUUCCGAGCAGGCAUGCCCGAUUGCAACAGGUCUCUUUGUCGCUGUUGCGUUCUCCACAUCAUCCAAUGACGGAUUCAAUGUUAAAGACCCCAAAUUACAAGGAGUAGUAAGACGGUCUGCAUUUAGUUACUCACUCCUCGUACCCGCAGCCUCCUUCUUGUCUUCAGUGGUAGCAGUGUUCUGUUUCCUAUGGAUGAUCUGCUCGUCUUACAGUGAAAGCAGCUUUCGCACAGGCAACACAUUGAGGGUGUUUCUUCUGGGGUUAACUGCCUUUUACUUCUCUUUUAUUUUUACUUUGGAAUCUUUCUCUCUUGGACAUUUCUUAACGGCCAUAAAAGAGCUAGACACAUCUAACUAUUUACCUAGCUAUAUGACAUUAGUGGUGGGGUACUAUACUCUAGCACUAAUAAUACCGAUGAAAUUCUACAUUCACAUGGUAAGGGCAAUCUUUGGCGGGCCGCAUACUAUGAAUUUAGUGAUUCCUGGAUUUUUUCCUACCAAGAAUUAGUCAGUAAUUCCAUUUCUAGCUAGCAGCUUCUUCAAGAGUUUGGUGAUUCGGGCUUAAAAAAUAUCGAUAGAUCAACUCCUUUAUGCAAUUCCUAAUGAUUAAGUGGAUAUGUGUGUUGUAUUUCAUUAAUCUAUACAUCUGGUUAUUUUGAAUGAUCAUAUUCUCUCUCUCAUCUGCU